CCUCAGCUCUGAAUUGGCCAACUAAAGUUGCCUAAAUAAAGUAUUCAGCUGCACUCAGCAACCUCAACUGGAGCGAAACCGAUAACCAAAAACCAAAAAUAUCAAACGACCAUGGCGUCCUCGGCGAUUAUCCCCAAGCUCGUCGGCGCUGUCGACGACUCUGGUGAGAUGAUAUGCCGUUACGCUGAAGACGCCAAGGACGGCUCUUUCCAGGCAAUUGCACCGAGGAAGACCACUGGAAGCUAUGUUAAGCAACUGCUUGAUGUCUUCCUCCCCGCUGGAUACCCACAUACAGUCACUAGUGACUAUACCUCAUACCAAAUCUAUGACUCGCUUCAGGCGUUUUCAAGCUCCAUUGCCGGGCUGUUGUCAAACAGAGCUGUUUUGCAAGGCUUCGGCGUCGGCAAAGAAGGAUCAUCAGCUACCGGUGCUGUACUGCUGUCAGUUCUGCAGGAAUCGACUGGUCGACUGGCGACCAUUGUGUUUGCAGAUCGUUUCGGACAAGCAAUCGAGCCGGAAUGCAAGUACUACCGCUACAUGGCUGACAUCUUCAACGACGCUGCGCUCUUGCUCGAUAUUCUGACACCUUCUCUACCCCAAACCCCAAAGAUACUUAGCCUUUGCGCCGCCGGUAUUCUUCGAUCACUCUGCGGAGUGGCAGCAGGAGCAGCCAAGGCCAGUCUCAGCGCCCAUUUUGCCAAAAACGGCAACCUCGCUGAACUGAACGCCAAGGAUGGGAGCCAGGAGACCGUCAUCUCCCUGUUGGGCAUGCUGGUCGGCAGUCUCUUUGUCAACUUCGUGGAAGGAAGGACCGCAGUUUGGCUCUGGAUGUUUGUAUUACUCGGGGCCCACCUCUGGACCAACUACCAGGCCGUCCGCUCCGUCGAAAUGCGCUCCCUAAACCGCCAAAGGGCCUGCAUCGUCAUCGACGAGUACAAGCUGAGCGGUCGCAUCUUGCGUCCAGCCGAAGUCGCUAAAAAGGAACGAAUCCUAAGCUGGAAGGCCCCCAGCAUCACUUUCGCCCGCACAUUUCCUGCCAGUGGCCAAAUCGAUGCAAUGGCUCUUCAUAGGUACCGGGACGAGAAAUUCAUCACCACUGCCGACAAGAUUAUCUUCAUGAAGGCUGGUGCAACCACGAUUGAUGUCCUGGAAGCAUACAUCACUGCUUAUUCAGGAGCAAUGCCAGAUGAUGAGUUUUGGAAGUCACUAUCAAGCAGUGGUUGGAACCUAGAGAGUGGAGCAGUUGAGACCGGACGCGCCAUUCGAAUCGUGGUGGAAUAGAAUAGCGCGGAACAAGCAUAGAUAAUGGCGUUUGGCAAGUGGCAUGCGGCAAGUGGCAUGUGGCAUGUAUUCGAUACCCUAGCAUAAUGUUUUUCAUUGAGAUGAGAUGAACCAGACCACAUGCCCGACAUUCCACGUUAUACUGUGAACCGUCCAGGAGGAUAUGUUUGUGAUUGUACAAUUCAUUGAUAUUACAUAUGAUACACUUGAUCGACUCACAUCUACAUGAUGCCCAGGCCCUUGAACGCCCGCAUCUUGACGCCUUCCCAGGUAUUCAGCUUCG